AGUGAGAGCCUCAGGCAUUCCUCUGUCUGUUUCCUCAGACAUUCAGAAGCGCUCUGUUAUCGCAAUCAUCCACACUAAAUAAAUCACAACGUGGCAUUUGACCACACCUCUGUCUCAUUUUGAUUUCGAGAAGGGUGAAUGGCGGAAAACGUGCAUUUACCAUUUUCGGUGGAUGAAGCCGGAUGGGGGGUCUGAUUGGCAACACGACCAGAGAUGGUGAACGGGUCCAAUCAUGAUAUUUAUCACUUCCUGUUUUCAGCCAUGAACUACUUCUUGCUCCAGCUCUGGGGUGAGCAUAGUCCGCCGAUCUUCUCCGCCUGUGUUGCUUGUUUCUUUGGCGGGGCCACCAUUGCUCCCAUCAUCGACAUUCCGUUUCUCCCAAAGGGGAAGCACGACGUUCUUCACCGGCUCUCCAGUGAGCUAAACCAAGGACAUAAUAUGACGCCUACUUCUGCUUGGACGACAGACGUCGAGUUUCAUUCCCAUUCCUCCGGCAAUAUCACCGGUGACUUUUCUUAUACUGAUGCUCCUUUAGCUAACCUAUCUAUAAAUUCUUUACCAAGUGAAAGGAUAGAUCCAGUGAGAGAACUUUACAUCAUAAUAACUGCCUGUGGUUUGUUCAGCGCCCUGGUUGUGACAGUAGGAUCCGUGCUGUCUUCGCGUGUUGGGUUAGCCAAGCAGGAGCUAUCGGAGUCGCGCAAGCAGAACUUGGAGAUUGUGGAUGAUAGAUUGUCAAGAUACUUCUUCAUCAUAUUCUGUCUUCUCUACCAAGUCUUCCUCUUCGGUAUGAUGUUCGUUUUUGCUGGAUUGAUCGCAUCGUACAUGGUAGAGGGACUGGGAGGCACGCCACGAGACGGGACACUUAUUACCUCUCUAUUCUGGGGGGUCUACACUGUCGUUGCCAUACUAGGAAUCGGUCUGGCUCGCAGUUUGACACCUUCCACUAUUCUACUCUGCGACAAUAUCAUGCUAACUGCGGGAGCUGUUACGCUGAUGUGCGGCUAUGAUAGUUGGAAAUUGGUUUGGGUCGGCACGGCGUUGCUGGCGGUCGGAUUUGGUCCUGCCUACGCGACCAUCUUUAUGUGGGGAGAUUACUACAUCACGCUCACAAGGGUGCUGACCGGGAUUUUGGUUGCUGCCCCUGAAAUCGGCGGCAUCAUCAUGCCUGCGAUAGAGGGACAGUUAUUCUCCAACCACCCAGGCUCACUAAUGGUCAUGGUAUUUGUUUUAUCUAUUGCAUGUGAUAUCACCUACGUACUGACAGAAUCGAUAGCAUUUCCUUUCCGGAGAAAAGCGAACAAAGCGAUAUUUGGAUGGAAAAGACCAGGGCCUUAUGAACCAAUACAAUGA